AUUAGCGGCUUGAUGCUCAAGGACAUUGGGACUAUCUGAUGAUUUGGGCGUGUAUCUGUAGUUCACAUUCUGAAGUCAUCUUCUCAACCUAGUAUACAAGCGUCUUGUCAAAUACGCCUGUUGGUUCGCGUACAACUGUUAAUUCAUUCUAAUACUAACCAACUGUCAUAAAGUUCCUUUGUUUAUUGGUUCUGAAUCAGUCUGUCAUCAAUGUCAGAAUCGAUUUUCGAGGAUUUAUCUGCUCAAGUCAGGGUUCCUGGUGACGGGGAAAAAGUUUUCAAGGAUGAAUGUCCUUUUUCGUUUGAGACACCUGAGACAGAAAAAGGAAUAUACAUAUGCAUGCGACACUUCGUUGCAAUUGGCUCUAAGAUCCUUAGGCUUUACUAUGAGAAGACUGGCUGUCGUGCUUUCCUAAGAUACAAGAUCGAAAAGCAAUUCAAAGAUAAGGAUACGAAGUAAAAAUCGUAAUCUCAAGUUUUCGGGUGCAAGUAUAUGACCGCCUAUUACAGUUAGAUCGUUUUCUCUAAAAUUCCUGAUUUUAUAAAGUCAUUGUACUGUAUUUCUCAGGGUAGUUUACAUAUUGAACGUUGUUGCUUAUUUAUUUGUUGGAUUGUUCCACAUUACCCAUGCCUUAGCUGUUUUGAGGCUUGGGAGAGGAAUUUUGUUAUGCUAACGAUCGUCAUUCAAAGAACCGUUGGUCUUUCAUUAUCCGGAUUAGAUUAUACUAUCUCUAUUUUUUCUUUUCAUCCCUAUCGUUACUUACCGCGCUUUUUCAUUUUGCCUCUAUUUUAACUUUAGUUUAUAAUAGUAAUUAACAAUAUGGCCUCUGAAAAAUAUUUGCUUCUGACUUUAAUAUCCAUGAAACGCAUUUGAAUUUAUUAUCAAUUUUUCGGGGCUUCUGGUUAAUUUGUUAGACUACCUUAAUCUUCUGUUUAUAAUCACUCCCUGAAAUCCUUCACACUCCUUUAAAAAACUAUUAGCCAAAUUUUUCAGACUAACGUAUUAUCUUUAUCUCUCAAAAACCAAUGUGGGUAAAACUAAGACGUCGUAGUCCUAAAUAACUUUAUUCCGAUCAACCUCAUUUAAUUUAAGACACAAAUUUAGUCGAGGUAAUCUGGUGUUCUAGUUGUAUCAGCACUAAUAAUUUCACUGAAUAUUUAAUUUGUGUGCUAUAAUUUUAAGCAGUUUAUUUGCCUUUAACUUGAUCAUUAUUUUGUGUAGCUAAUUUGAAUGUAUUACUGUCGAAGAUGAUUAGAACUUGUUGCGAAGACUACUCAUCUACAUAUCCGUUUUACUACAUAAUUAAUUAUCAGUAACAGUCGUCUCUUGUAGCUAACGAUACGUAUACUACAUCCAUACACCCUUGCACAAUAAUUAUGAAAUUGUUUCCUAUUGCAUCUUUUAGACUCCAGUACCUUUAUUUCUUGAUUCCCUCACUAUACCAGAGUGAUUAGUGAGACUUGAGAUUUUCAGUAACAUUUUAGGUUGUUUGCCCUUCUUAUAGUCAGUAUCGUUUGAUAUAACUUAAUUGGGAAUUAUGUCACAGGAAAAUGUAAUCUAAUGAGUUGCAUCAUCUUUGGUUUACGUGUCUAGAUAAGAGUUAGGUUGAUUACGAAUAUAGUGGUCUUGAGUGCUGUUAAAGGUAUGAGGGAGGGUAUCACUUGUCGGUUGCCCACACCGUAGAAGGGUUUUUCUGGAGGCACCUGAUAAGGAAAUUAGAAUAGAGGUAGUCUUAGAGACCUGAAAGCGUGACCGCUGUGCUCAAGGGACAACUGCUCGAGGCCGUUUACACGACCUUUCUGUGAGUAAUUUUCAUGUCCGCUCCAUACUUAUUGAGACCUUGCCGCUGGAGACGGAUAUCCGUGGGAUGGGGCGAGGUGUGCGUUUUUAGGGUCGACCUUUUCUAACACCACCCUUCUUUGUGGGAAGGCAGCAUCACUGUUAUGCUGGUUGUCUAAAGGAAACACCUUACUGCUGUCACACAUCUAUACAGUCAGCAGUACGACUUCCCCUUCAGACCUUGGGUUUGCUACUUUUAGUCUUACCGUACUUCAAUCGACCUAUCUUGCAUGGUAGAACCUUGAUGAACGAUUGUUCCAGCCAGUAUAGCUCUAUUGGAUCAUCACGAUAGGUAAGCCCGACCGCCACGUCGAGGUAACAGCAACGGUUGAAACAUGGCUCAGAAUCGAUCGCAAUCGCGUAGGUGUAUACACUCUCUGUCUUCCUUUAAACUAAGAGAUUAAAAUAGAUUCAUAUGCUUCAUUCUACAAACUAAUUCUUCCUUCCUGUACUAUAUCCUUAUAUGCAAUCUUUCUUUUAUAUUUUACCAUCAUUGAAUUAACUACUUCUAUGAAUUCGGUGUUCAUCUUGCUGUGCUAAUGAAGUGUGGCAACUUGGACUGAUGCAUACACGUACCUGAUCUUAUGUCGUAGCUGACUUAUUGACUGUCUAGAUAAGAAACUUUUUUUGUGAUUAUGUAGGUGCUAGUACUCAAGAACGCCCAACAAAACUCGCUAUUGGAGUUUCUGGAGGUUUUGACUUUCCCCAAGAUAUGUAUACAGUCACUGAACAUUGGUCUCUAGUACGUCUCCCGCAAGGCGAUUCAUUUGAUAUCCCGAAUCCAGAACCCGGACAAGGACAAUCUGAUAUAUCUCAUCUAGAGAUUUUGGAACUUCCUAAACACAUAGCUAUUUCAAUCGCAUCAAUUCAACGUGCUGAGUCAGUAUUACUGGCAGAAGAACGAGCUAAUUCACUUAAAGCUUGGGAAGAUGAUAAUAUUUGUUUUAUUUCUUCGUAUGCAAUGAAUUUAGCACAAAUAAAUAAUUCUGUUCGGAUUCCCCCGUUUGGAUGGAAAUGUUCCAAAUGUGAUUUGAGAGAUAAUCUGUGGAUGAAUCUUACUGACGGAACCAUACUUUGUGGUCGAAAAUUUUGGGAUGGGUCUGGAGGAAAUAAUCACGCCUUGGAGCAUUAUGAAAAGACCAAGUAUCCGCUAGCUGUCAAACUUGGAACUAUAACUCCCAAGGGUGGAGAAGUAUUUUCAUAUCCUGAAGAUUCAAUGGUAACCGACCCGAAAUUAGCAGAACAUCUUGCUCACUUCGGUAUUGAUGUAAUGCUUAUGCAAAAAACCGAUAAAACGAUGGCCGAGUUAGAAGUGGAUGCAAAUGAGAGACUUGGAGAGUGGCUAACAUUGCAGGAAUCAAACUGUACACUUGAAGCACGUUAUGGUCCAGGUAUGACUGGACUUAGAAAUCUCGGUAAUACUUGUUACAUGAAUGCUGUGUUACAGGUUUUGUUUUCAAUUUCACAAUUUCGUUCAUAUUAUGCCUAUCAAUUGCCAGUUUGGUGUGAGGAAGCAUUGGAUCAAUUCACUUCUGAAGAUCAUCCACUUCUACCAGUAGAUCAUAUUGGUCUACAAUUUUCGAAAUUAGGACAUGGUCUUUGUUCGGGUGUUCAUUCAUGGUUAGUUCCAAAUAAUCUUAGUCAUACUACUACAGGUGGCCCUGUACCUAUUCUCCCGGGUAUACGUCCAAUUUUGUUUCGUCGAUUAAUGGGCGCGCAUAAUUCCACAUUUGCCACAAGACAGCAACAAGAUGCUUGCGAAUUUUUAAUCUAUCUAUUAGAUUUAUUAGAACAAAAAGCUAAUAGACAAGAACACGGAAAAGUACACCCAAGUAAUGUGAUGCGUUUUGGUGUGGAAGAACGUCUUCAAUGUGGUUUGACAAAUAAGGUCUCGUAUAAAACUGAUCAUGAAUGGAUUCUUUCAGUUCCAGUUCCAAUGGAAGCGGUAACAAAUCAAAAAGCGUUAGACAAUUAUGAAAAACGACGUGUUGACGCUGAGUUAAAUGGUAUACAUUUAUCACCCGAAGAGGUUGUACGACCAAUUAUUCCUAUGGAAGCUUGCCUGUCGGCUUGGGCUGAAACAGAACAAAUUAAUGAUUUUAAAACACCAGCAAGUCAACCUCCAGGUGCCAAAACAUUCGCUUUACGUUCUAAUCGUUUAACAAAUUUUCCAAACUAUUUAUGUAUACAAGUUGGACGAUUUACUGUUGGUACAGAUUGGCUUCCGAAAAAAUUGGAUGUAGACAUCGAAUUAAAAUCAUCUGUUGGAAAUCAUGGUAAUACAGAAUGGUUUAUUGAUUUAAAUGGUUUACGUGCACCGAACGGUAGUAGACCAUUGCCUGGCGAACAAUUAAUGCCAACUGGAGAUGAAAUCAAAUCUGAACAAAUGAAAACUGAUGAUGAUGAUGAUGUACAACCGGAUGUAACAAUUAUCAAUGAUCUGUUAGUUAUGGGUUUCACUUUGGAAGCAGCACAGAAAGCUUGUAAAUUUACACGAAAUACUAGUGUAGAAAAUGCUACCAAUUGGUUAAUGGAACAUUUAGACGAUCCAGAUUUAAACGAUCCGUUGUCACCGCCCAGUGGUUAUCAGCAACAAAAUAAACAGAAACAACCAGUAGCUGGGUCCGUCACUUCUACAAAUAUUGACGAAAACGCAGUUGAAAUGAUGUUGGCUAUGGGAUUCAGUAGACAACAGUCAAUCAUCGCAUUACAACACAAAAAUGGUAAUUUGGAACAAGCUGCUGAUUGGGCAUUGAGUAAUCCAGAUGAAUUAGAAACUUUAUUACUUCAAUCUGAAAUAGCUAUGACUAAUAAAUCUUCCACUGAUGCUGGGAAUAAUUCAAAUCAGACAUCUUCAUCAGGUCCACCGUUAUCAGAUGGUAGUUCAAAGUAUGAAUUAUUCGCUUUUAUUAGUCACAUGGGAAAAUCGACCAAUGAUGGUCAUUAUGUCGCUCAUAUUAAACGAUCGUUUCUAGCUAAAUGUAUUCCUCACGAACCGCCAGUAUAUCAUGUCGGCUCACCAAUUUGUGGCGGUUCCGAUCAAGAAUGGAUUAUAUUCAAUGAUGAGAAAGUGGCAAAAAGUGAAUGCCCACCACAUCGUCAUGCUUAUUUAUAUUUCUUUCGAAGAUUAGAUGCUGCUGAUCAAUCUGAUUAACUGUAAUUGUGUAUGUGUGUGUCACCGAGUGGUGUGGUCAUUUAAACAGUUUAGUGUUAAACAAUGUUAGAUUUAUUGUUUUAUUUUCUCUUUCAUUGUCUCCACCUAUCUUCCAUUCUUAUUUUAAACUGCACCCCAGAAAUCCAUUAAGUUUUACACAUUAUAAAUUUAGAAAACCUGCUCUUGUGUGUAUGUGUACAUGUAGAAACGAUAAAUUGCUAUUGAUUUUCUCUUUCUCCUUCAGGUUAGUAAAGUACAAUAAACAAUUCAAAAGUAUAACAUAUUAGUUUUCUGCAUUCCCUAAUUACAUGUAUACGUUCAUUUAUUAUUAUCUCUCAUCUUCUAAAUAAGUCUUGAGUUUAUGUAUCGUAGAAAAAAAAAAUACAAACACUAAGCCAGAUAUAUAUGGAUAUAAAUAAUGAAUAUAUUUUUAAUCAAAUUAAACUUGGUAACAAAAAGGAAAGUAUAUAACAUAGAGACAGAUACACACACGCACACACAAACAAACAAAUACAAUCACUACCUCUUUUCUGUUUAUAAAUUCCAUACAUGAAUGAAUAAAUUAUGUUUUUAUCUUAAAAGAGAAAAAACAAUGAAUGAAACAAUUUACAUCAUAGAAAAUGUGGUAAUCUAUCCGUGUUUUGAUCAAUUUUGUUUGUUUUGUUUUCAAUCACAUAUGACUUACUCGUUGUUAAUGACUAUAAUGUUAUAUAAUCUUGAAAAAGAUAUCAUAAAUAAUAAAAGUAAACGUUUGAAAAGUAGU